CCAGCCUUGCCGAGACGCUGGGGUACUGGGCUAGCCGCUGUGCCUCUCACGGGGGAAGCGGGGAAGGAAAACCACGCUUUUCCCCGAGCUUGGAGGGCGCUGACAGUCUCAGGGCUCCGCGCGAGGGGCGAUGGGAAAUAAGGGGACCCUGGAGGGUUUUGAGAGCGGGGGCCAGCCCCACCAGACAAACCCGAGGACUGUGCCAUCCCUACUUUCUCGUCAGACGCUGACCGGAAAAGAAAUUGAAAUUGACAUUGAACCCACAGACAAGGUGGAGCGAAUCAAGGAGCGUGUGGAGGAGAAAGAGGGAAUCCCCCCACAGCAGCAGCGACUCAUUUACAGUGGCAAACAGAUGAAUGAUGAGAAGACAGCAGCUGAUUACAAGAUCCUGGGCGGUUCAGUUCUCCACCUGGUGUUGGCUCUGAGAGGAGGAGGUGGCAUUAGGAAGUGAUGGACCCUCCCUCCAUUUUACCUCCUUACCCUGUCACUCAUAAUGAGGCAUCAUAUAUCCUCUCACUCUCUGGGACCCCAGAGCCAUGUCCCCUCCCCUGGAUGCCCAGUCUUGCAUAUCUACUGGUGGGAGACUGUGAGGACCCCAGGAUGCAGUGUUCCUGGCACAGAGGGCCCUUGCUGGCUGUUGGGUUUUAGUUUGCAGUCCUUUGUGCUCCCCUCUCUCAUGGGUAUGUCCCUGGUUGUCAAUAAAACAUUUCCUGGCCUCCUGGAA